AAUACUUGUCGACGGUAUUUGGGGUCUACUGAGCGAAAGAGAAACCAGAGAACAAUAAACACGCAGUGGUCUAGAUACAGAGAGUGAGAGAGAGUAUAGAGAGAGAAACCGAACUUAAGAAACCCUAGUUUCUCUCUCUAGAAAUCCUCGCACCAUCUAUCUUUUCAGAGAAUCGGGUCUUCCUCAACAGAAUCAGAAUGAACAAGUUGGGUAGAGGGCACCGAGACAAAGUUCAGCAAUUCACGGCAAUAACUGGAGCAAGUGAAAAAGUUGCCCUUCAGGCGUUGAAGGCCAGUGAUUGGCAUCUUGAAGGGGCAUUUGAUAUAUUCUACAGCCAGCCCCAUGUUAAAUCAUUUACUGAUUCUAGACAUGUGGAGGAGCUUUACAGCAGAUACAAAGAUACAUAUUCUGAUAUGAUUAUGGCCGAUGGUAUCUCUCUGCUCUGCAAUGACCUUCAGGUGGAUCCACAAGAUAUUGUUAUGUUGGUUGUUUCUUGGCACAUGAAGGCUGCCACCAUGUGUGAAUUUUCCAAGCAGGAAUUUAUUGGUGGAUUACAAGCUCUUGGGAUAGAUUCAAUGGAGAAAUUCCGUGACAGGAUACAAUUUAUGCGUUCUGAGCUAAAAGAUGAACAAAAGUUCCGUGAGAUCUACAACUUCGCUUUUGGUUGGGCAAAAGAGAAGGGUCAGAAGUCUUUGGCAUUGGAUACGGCCAUAGGGAUGUGGCAGUUGCUUUUUGCAGAAAAGCAAUGGCCAUUGGUCGAUCACUGGUGCCAGUUCUUGCAGGCCCGGCAUAAUAAAGCAAUCUCUAGGGACACCUGGUCUCAACUACUGGAAUUUGCAAGGACGGUGGAUCCCGCACUAUCAAACUAUGAUGCAGAAGGUGCUUGGCCAUAUCUUAUCGACGAAUUUGUUGAAUACUUGAAUGAAAAUGGCAUAAUUCAAAAGAAUCAGUUGAAUGAUUGGAGCCAGUCAAGGUGAUGGGAUUCCAAGAGUAGUGGUGUAUGCUAUGGAGUGUUCAUUUACUUUCUUUAGUGCGACUGAGUGGUUCAGUCUUAUGAUUAUUAGACCCUGUUUAUUUUCAAAGAUAAAAUUUAAAAUACAAAAAGAAAAAAUUGAAUUAGAAAUAUUUAUUUUCUCGAUUGACGAUUUGUACACCACAUUUCAGUGUUGGGAUUGUGAUGUGAUUUAUCAACUUCUGCUGCAUCUUGCCAGCUUCUUUUGGUAA